AACAAACCAGAGCCGGAGAAACUUCUGAACCAGUUGGUUUUGCAUCAAUUCUCAAAGAAUCUAAAAUUAUAAAAUGGAUUCACCUUGUUUUAACAGUGACAUGCUGAAAUCAGAUGAGUCGGCAAAUGUCAUCGUCGAAAUCAUCGCCGGCGCCACACGUUACAAGAUAAUGCAACAAUGCAUUGAGGCUGGAGUAUUCGAUAAUCUGGAAUCUCAUGGCGAACCAUGCACAGCUGAAGUUUUUGCUAAGAAGCAUAAUUUUGAGCCAAAACUCACCGUAAAAUUGCUGGAUACAUUGGUUAGCUUCAGACUCCUGGAGAAAACCACGAACAACAAAGGUAUUUUCGUGUACAGUAAUACCGCUGGAACUUCAAAAUACCUGACACGAUCACGCAAACCAACACUUAUUGGACUAUCAAUGAUGGAAAGCAACUUCAUUUUACCAAUGCUUGACAUGUUUCCAACGAUUCUUAAAGCCGGUCAGCCUCACCUUGAUAAGAACAAAAAUAUUGAAAAGGAAAACGGCAACUUACCACCGGAAAUGCCUAAAAUUCCACCAAAAGGCCUUAAUAAACCACACCUCGUAGAGAGCAAUACCAAACAACAGCUUCCGGAUAAAAUGCAAAGUAACCUUCCCAAUAUGAUGCCAAACGUACCUGCUAUGCCUGCAAUGAUGCCCAAAAUGACGGAAGGAGUUCUACCACAAGGAAUGUCUGCAAUGGACAUGAAGAAAAAGCCGAUCAUUGACAACAAUACAAUGGCAGGCAUGAUGCAUGUGAAGAUGAUGAGUGCGUAUGAUGGCUUCUCGGGACCAUGCACCAAUGCCAUAGCACGUGCGUUUGAUUUAAGUACACACAGGGACGCAGUGGAUCUCGGAGGCGGUUCGGGACAGAUCUCGUUUGAGUUAUCGCGGGAGUACCCAAAUAUGGAAAUAACGGUAUUCGAUCUCCCACAAGUCUCGCAAAUGGCGGAAAAAUUACAACCAGCCAGUACUAAAGACAGAGUCUCCUUUAAAUCUGGGAAUUUCUUAGAAGAUGAUAUCCCACCCGGAGAUCUGUAUAUUCUUAGCCACGUCGUUCACAUGUGGAACUCGCAAUCUCUUGAUCAAAUACUCACCAAAGUGUACGACAGUCUACCAGCCGGCGGAAGUAUGCUUAUUCUCGAGAAAGUCCUCAGUGAAGAAAGAGAUGGACCAGAACUGGCUAUCACCAAUGACUUCCUCAUGACGGUCAUGUCAAAGGGACAGGAACGCACUGGCACUGAGUACCAGAAUCUUUUUGCCAAAUAUGGUUUUAUCAAUUUCCAAAAAAGGACAUUGGAAGGAACAAACUAUUUUGACGCAAUGCUCGUGAAGAAACCAUUUUAGAUAUCUGAUCUCAAUCCAAGACAAUUAUGUGAAUGAUAAAACGACCAGGAUCUCAUUGAUUAGAGGUUAUUUUAGAUGAAUGAGGGAAAACAACGCAACAUCGUGCAAUUAUUGGUGUAAAUUUACCAAUUAUUGAACAUAUUUUUUCUUUAUUUCUUUUUAAAAACUGAUAUAUAUAUAUAAUCAUAUAUAUAUAAUGCAUGUUAAAACUAAAGCCUUUCUUGUGCUGGUAGAAGUUGGUUGUGCUGGAUUUAUUUGCGUUAUAUUUUUCCUGCAGAAAACAUACUUAUAACCAAAUGUUAGGUUCAAGUGCAGGUUUUAUUUUACACCAAAUUAUGUCAAAACGUUCUUUUUUUAGUUUAAACCCGGUUUGCUUAUAACCAUUCAAAGAACAUAUUGGAAUGGAGUAUAUUGUAAACAAUACACGACUUUUUGAUGUGGAUAAGAUAUAUUAAAAGAAAUAAAGAAUUGUAACGUCCAUGGUGUUGACGCUAUGAACAAUUAAAAUAACAAAAAUAUAUUUGCUUAAUAAGAAUUUUAUAUAAUCAAACAUUCUAACAUCAAUAUAUUUUAAAUUAAUAAAACUUGAUAAUUUAGGUAUUCACAUUCAUUUUGUAUCUUGUACUACCAUCAUAUCGUGAAUAUUAAUUUCAGGACCACAGUCCAAUUGGUGCAAGGAUUUUUUUCGCCCAAUAUUUCAUCUGUUUACAUGUUAACUUGAUUAUGUGAUAUUUUUGCUAUGUAUAUGCAUAAUGUUUCCAUGAAAAAAAAAAGAGAAAAAAGAUCAGGUAAUAUAAGAGUUUAUAACCGAUAGAAAACUUUUGUUCUAUAUCGGAAAAUACAGUCAUUAUUUACUGUGUUAAAUGAAAUCAAUAACACGGCAGAAAGACCAAUGAAUUCAGUUAUUACUGUUUUUUAAUAGGAAUUUGUUCAUUUUUUAAACGAUCAUGACGACCUAUUGCAAUCACCUUCAUCCGGCGUCAUGCGUCCGUAAACAAUUUUAAGAUUUUUGUCUUCUUCUCAAAAACCCAGAUCCGAUUUCAAUGAAAUUUCCCUGAGAAUUAUACAGUCCCUAUCCCCAUGGGGCCUGAGGGGCGGGGCCAAAAAGGGGUCAAAUUGACUAAAAUUUCAAAAAUCUUUUUCUCAAGACCCAGAAAUAGUAGAAUAAAAAACUCUUCAUGAAUUGAAGCGUCUAAAGGUGCUUCGCCAAAUUUGUGAAUUUCAUGGUCCCAGGGUCUCACAUUUCCCCGUGGGGAGGGGGUAAACCUUACUAUAGUUUAUAUAGGAAAACUAGAUUUUUGAGAAUGAUUUGUUUAAUUUCCAUUGGAAAUAUUUUCAUAUUUCGUUCGAAUUAUGAGUUAAGGAUGACAGCGUGAUGGAACGCCCAUAUUGAUCUUGGCACAACUCUAGGGGUUGAUAGGCAGGGCCAACAGGGUCAACGACUUAAUUUUUUUUAAAUAUCAUCUUCUCAAGACCCACAUAUGGUAGAAUCAAAUGCUCUUCAUAAUGGAAGCAUCUUAAGGUGAUCUUAUAACCAAAAUGAUUAUCACAUUUAUGCCUGGGGAGGAUUCUUUUUACUUGCAAAAAUUGCGUUUUUGAACAUAACGUUGGUUAUUUCCCACUAGAAAUAACUUUGUAAGAAAUUUUGAUUACAGUUUUGAUGGUCUGUUCAUUAUCACAAUUUCUGUAUCAUGAAACUUGAUAACUAUCCUUUAAUCUCUAUAUUCAACAUUGCUUAUCUCAGGUGACGUCAAGGCCCCUAGGCCUCUUGUUUAAUCACGGUUGGUUUAGUAGGAAACAUAUUAAUGCUGUUUAAAUAUUAUUUCAUAAUAAUUAUGAAACAAGUUUCAUCGACUGAUUUUAAUUUUGUCAAGAUCAUGAACAAACGUUUAGUAAUGAUAUCAAAAUGUAUCACUACAUAAAAAACAUGUUGUUUUUAUUAUUUCUAAGUUAAUUUUCCAAAAGGACAAAAUAUUAUAUUGCAAGAGUAAAUUCAAACAAAAUAAAAUGUACAUUAUCAAACCAAGAAUUUGUUCAUGACAAUUUCUCUACAAAUGGAGGUUGAACAGAUAGUUUGACGUCAAAACGCACUUGGAUUGCAAAAUGAUGUAUUGUGACGUCACACUAACGAGUUAUUGUAGCAGCCUAAUUGUUAAAAUAUAUAUUUUCAAUUACAGGAAAAUGUUAAUGUCAUUUUCGUGUUUGCUGACGUAUGACAAUCCAACUGGUCUGUAACUGCUUGGACAUGUCAUCAAAUAGCUAUGAAACUAGGAAUGUCAACGUUGAAAAUGAACUUGUUCUUGACCUCCAGUUAACAAAUAUGACAAGGAAUUUGUAUUUUUAGAUUGUUCAAAAAUUAUGUAACUCUUUUAAGUAACGUGAAUGAGACUAAAUCUAUAAUUCUACCUCAUUUGGUAUUUUAUUUUAAAGCUAUAAAAUUUGUAAAGAAUAAAAUAUUCAUCAUAGGGAGUAUAUAGAAUAUGAAUAAGUUAAACAAGCGUAACUUCAGGAAUUUAGUUAAGAAUAUCUAAAUGGAUCAGAAAUGGUACAAAGCAUGCACAAUACAGAUGUUUUAUUAUGACUUUCAGGUCGUAAAAUGUCUCUGAGAAAGUAUAAGUGAAGGCACAGUGAACAAUUGUUAAUUCUGGGUUAAAGGGAUCAAAUACUGCGUCAGGACAUACAAAAUGUCUGUGUUCUAGGUGAAAUGAAACAAUGGAAGCUGAUUAAUUGUCAGGUACCCUUAUCUCAACUUUGUAUCCAUGUUAGCAUUAUUGUUCUUUCUUUUAUUUAUACUAUGUGACUUUUUUUCUCUACAAAUAAAAUAAAUUUUUACAAAGUA